CCAGCUUCGUGUCUGGCUGCUCCGAUCCUGUCCACAUCCGCAACGGGGGGAAUCAAGCUCAACACCCAGUCCCACCCCGCCACGAUUUACCAAGAAAUCGCGACAGCCAAACCAAGAAAUCGCGAUGCUGCCCCCUGCUCGCUUCGUCCUCGCCGCCGCCCUCCUCGUCCUCCGGCUACCGGCGCCUGCUCCGGUCUCAGCCGCCCGCCCAAUCGUCGCCGACAAGCCUGCCCCCUCCGAGGCCACCGCCACUGCUAGGUGGCUCGCCGCACGGAACACGUGGGGUGUCCUCAGCACAAUAUCAAGUGACCUAAACGGGGCUCCUUUUGGCAAUGUAGUUUCAUAUAGUGAUGGGCUACCGGGUGAGGGUCAUGGAAUUCCAUACUUCUACCUGACAACUCUGGAUCCCACUGCAAGGGAUGCACUGGAGGAUGAAAGGACCUCCUUCACCCUGAGCGAGUUCCCUCUUGGGACAUGUGGGAAGAUUGAUCCUGAAAACCCCACUUGUUCAAAACUUACUCUUACUGGAAAGUUGAAGUUGGUUGACCUGCAGUCAUCUGAAGCAGAUUUGGCCAAGUCAGCACUUUUCACCAAACAUCCUGAAAUGAAAGAUUGGCCAAAGAACCAUGAUUUCAAGAUCUUCAAAUUGGAAAUUGAAAACAUAUUUUUGAUUGAUUGGUUUGGCGGUCCUAAACCCAUAUCCCCCUCCCAGUACCUUGAAUUCGGAAGGAACCAGCAAUCAGUGAUGUCAUCAUAAACAAAGAAUGCUUCACCGAUCAGUAUCUGGUUUGUGUAUGCUCUUAAAGAUGAAAUGCAUACCGUACAUAAUGUAAAUUGUAAAGACAUCUCUGUGCACUGAAUAAACUUAUUGUGGUUAUUGAUAUUGUUUUCCACCACAUCUUCGUGAGCAAUUUCUUGGGGAAAAAAGAAACUAUUUUUGUGUGCA